AUGGCCACAACAUCAACGCCGAAUACUUCUUCGAUUGGCAAGAUCCGCUUUAUCCCUCUCUCUUAUAACUCCGCCGAGUCUCAAACAUCAGCCUUACGUCUAAUCCUGACCCUGCGCCCCGAAUGGGAACAAACUGAUGGCAAAAUCGAGUUCAUACGAUUUACGGAUGGCAUAACAAACACAUUAUUGAAGGUUAUCAACAAGAGACCUGGGCUCACCACGGAAGAGAUUGAUAAUGAGGCAGUCCUGCUGCGGGCAUAUGGUCAAGGAACCGAUUUAAUUAUCGACCGAGAACGUGAGACUCAAAAUCACGAGUUACUUACGCAAUACAAUUUAGCACCAGCAUUACUUGCCCGAUUUAAGAAUGGAAUGCUAUAUCGAUUCAUUAGAGGAGCGGUCACUAGUCCAGCAGACCUCAGACAGCAAAGAAUUUGGCGUGGAGUAGCUAGACGAUUGGCAGAGUGGCAUGCGGUUGUUCCUUGUCUGGCGACGAAUCAUGAGGUCCAACCCACAGAAAUAAAUGGUAGUGAACAAUUUGCUUUUCCAGCUGCAUUAAGCAAGGUGGAGCCUGCUCUCCAAUCUGCCAUUGACAAUACCGCUCCUGGCAAACCAGCCCCUAAUGUCUGGACGGUGAUGCAAAAAUGGAUAUAUGCACUUCCAGUGGGAUCAGAGGUAGAAAAGACUCGACAGGCAACUUUGCAAAAGGAACUGACUCGCCUGGUUGCUGAGCUCAGCAAUCGACCUGGUCUUGGUGAAAAUAGUCUCGUAUUUGCCCACUGCGACCUUCUAAGUGGUAAUGUUAUCGUGCAACCCCAACCCACUGGCACUACUACCCCCGCUGCAGUAGAAACAGUCAGUUUCAUCGAUUACGAAUAUGCCACUCCUUCUCCAGCAGCUUUUGACAUUGCCAAUCAUUUCGCGGAGUGGGGAGGGUUUGAUUGCGAACAUCAAUACAUGCCCACGCGCGCAGAAAGACUCGAUUUCAUUCGGGAAUAUAUUCGAAACUAUUUUGCUCAAUUGAAGCAAACUUGCGACGAAGAAGCAGAGGUUCAGAAAAUGUUUACCGAAGUGGAUAUAUUCAGGGCGGUUCCAGGGUUCUAUUGGGGAAUUUGGGCAUUGAUCCAGGCCACGAUAUCUCAAAUCGAUUUUGACUAUGCUGCAUAUGCAGAAAUUAGAUUGGGAGAAUAUUGGGCCUGGAGGGGAGAGAAUGAUGGUAGUCGAGCGGCGUCUGGCAAGGAAAUAUCCUUGAGAGAGCGAAGAUGGGCGCAGGACGCAUAA